AUGGCCGUUGAUGACUUCCUGAGUCGAGACACCGACACUUUCGUGCUGCCACCUAGGUCCUUCUAUCCGCUUAAGAUUCCCAUCGCUCACUACCAAUUACGCCACUUCAUCAGCUCUCCGGAGCCAGACCUCAUAUACUAUGCCAGCAAUCGCGACGACCCUACCGGCCGCGACGGGGGGUCCGACGUCUACUGCCUGAAUGCGAGCACGCAUACCCAAACGAAGAUAGCGGAGCUUGAUUGGGAAGCCCGUUGCACCACUGCAGGUCACGGAUUUGUCUGUGUGGGCGGCGCCGACGAUGGUCACUUUGCCGCCAUCAAGGUGAAGGGCUUCCCUCCGGCCAACUCCACCCAUGUAGACGCCCUGCUUCCGCUGGACUUCACCGGCCGUCCCACGCUGCCGCGUCCGGCAGGCCUAAGCUCCCUCGAGCGGCCGGACUAUCAGAAGAUCGGAGACGACAUCGUGAACUCGAUAUCGAUACAUAAGUUUCCGGCGGAUGGGGACAAGGAGGAGGAUGUUGUAGCAGUGCUCACCAACAACGACAAGACGGUGCGCAUCUACUCGCUUACACGGAAGCAAGAGGUCACGGUCCUGGACUUUCCGUUUCCCAUGAACCACGCGACCAUAUCGCCGGACGGACAACAAUUGGUAGCCGUGGGCGACAUGCACAACGGAUUCUUCUUUGAGCGGAACAAGAACAAGAAGGCUAAUAUUGCUAAGAAUAUGGAGGGGCGAGUAGAGUCAACUCCUCCGGACUGGACCUUGCUGCAGGAAGUUUGCCUGUUUGUGCCAACAGGCUCGCCCAUAGAGGGUUACUUCACGACAGCCUGGUCGCCAUCAGGCCGCCUGUGUGCCGUAGGCUCAGAAUGUGGCUACAUUUCCAUCUUCGACACAGAGCUUCUCAAGAGAUGUGAAUAUGGGGAAGACGCUAUUGUGAAGCUCAUCAGCUCAACCCGACCGGCCGUAUCCUACGGCGCUGGCGCAGUGAGAACCAUGCUGUUCUCUCCAGCACCUUGGGAUUUUCUGAUCUGGAGCGAAGAUCAGGCAAGGGUCUGCAUAGCGGACCUCCGUUCCAACCUCAAGGUGAAGCAAAUCCUCACUCUGGAUCCCAAGAAUGAAGACACGGAGAGAGUAGAGAUUGCAAACUUUGAGGUAGAAGAGCUGAGUGACUUGCGACGAGAAGAAGACUUCAUCCGAACAUAUCGCCAUACGUUGAACGCGGACGGGACUGGCGCGGCGGCUAACCUUGCGAACGACUACAUCGACUCGUCAGAGCGUAGGAGGCUUCACCGGCAGCUUGGAGUCGUCGAAUCAGAUGAUGAUCCGCAUGGUCUUACUGCGCACGAGAGACAGGUUCUUGAAACUUUGCGAACGGUGAGGCAGCGGCGCGAGGCGCUGGAGUCAGGAAUCACACCUCGGAGCAUCAAUUACAUAACCUCUUCUACUGCCGAGAGCAUGAGAGAACCAGCAGAAGCCGCAAGACGUAGUGCAGCUCAAACGCGACUUGCUGACACUUUUACGGAAUUUGUGUCGGAGAUCACUCGUCAAUCUAACCAGAGCUCGGAACGCACAGCACCACAGCGCCGGGCAUCUCUCGUUCUGCGUGACCUCACAGCUGAACCACAUUCAGCGUUCGAUGGUACAGUAGUUGCUUCUGAUGCACCGCCCCAUCGAGGCAACAUCACAGGUGGCGCUACAACAAGGUCGCCAAAUCCGAUUACAGCUCAGAUUCGUCGAGACAAUAGCGAAAUGAUCGCAUCGACCGACGAAGCGUGGCGGACUAUUGAAGAAGCAUUGGCACGUAACGCACGGGCUACAGAUGGCGGGCGCGCCUCUGCAGCACCAGAAUUGCGCAAUGAGCUUCGACGUUUACGACAGCUCACUCAAAUGCGGGAGCGCCUGCGCGUUGCUCGCGAAGCCCAUGUCCCCUUAGAGACGUACAGUCUUGGGGGCAUGGGCUAUCGCCGUGCAAGCCGCAACCUGUACGACCCGGCGCUUGGACUACGGACAGCAGGCCUCGCCAUGAGCCCCGACGGGCGCACUCUAUACUGCGGCACGGAGGAGGGCAUAUUCGAAUUCCGCAUGAAUCUGCACCAGCGAAAGGGUUUCCCUGCCAUCAAACCGCGAUGA